CGUCCACUGCGCCUGCGCCGUUUACCGGACAAGAUGGCGACCAGCAAUGGUGGGGGAAUGGAGGUGGACGGAGCAGCCAGCCCCAGUGUUAUGGCCUCAGGGGUUACCGGAAGCGUCUCCGUGGCCUUACACCCUCUGGUCAUCCUCAACAUAUCCGACCACUGGAUUCGCAUCCGCUCGCAGGAGGGACGACCGAUGCAGGUGAUUGGCGCCCUGAUCGGGAAGCAGGAGGGGAGAAACAUCGAGGUGAUGAACUCCUUUGAGUUGCUGUCUCACACCAUAGACGACCGAGUGCACAUUGACAAGGAGUACUACUACACCAAGGAGGAGCAAUUCAAACAGGUCUUCAAAGAGAUGGAGUUCUUGGGCUGGUACACCACAGGAGGCCCUCCGGACGCAUCGGACAUCCACAUUCACAAGCAGGUGUGUGAGAUUAUUGAGAGCCCUCUCUUCCUCAAGCUCAACCCCAUGACCAAGCACACCGAUCUUCCUGUCAGUGUUUAUGAAUCUGUGAUUGACAUCAUCAAUGGCGAGGCUACCAUGUUGUUUGCGGAGCUGACGUACACUCUGGCCACAGAGGAGGCAGAGAGAAUCGGUGUUGACCACGUAGCUCGAAUGACGGCCACCGGCACAGGAGAAAACUCGACAGUUGCUGAACACCUUAUAGCCCAGCACAGUGCGAUAAAGAUGCUCCACAGCCGGGUGAAGAUCAUUCUAGAGUACGUCAAAGCCGUGGAAUCAGGAGAGGUGCCAUUCAACCAUGAGAUCCUUCGAGAAGCGAACGCCCUGUGCCACAGACUGCCGGUCCUCAGCACCAUAAAAUUCAAAACUGACUUCUAUGAUCAAUGUAACGAUGUGGGCCUGAUGGCGUAUUUAGGCACCAUCACCAAGACCUGCAACAGCAUGAACCAGUUCAUCAACAAGUUCAACGUCCUGUAUGACAGACAGGGCAUCGGCCGGAGGAUGAGAGGACUUUUCUUUUGAGCUAGGAGUUAACUGAAGCAGAGACAAACGAGCACUGCAGUUUCUUUUUCUCUGUUUUGUUCAUUUUGUUUUGCUUGUAUUUUUGGUUGGCUAAUGCAAAUUCUACAGUAGCUCUUCAAAUAACUUUAUGGUUUUUGACAAGUGUAUUAAAACGCACUUAAAUACACCAAUUGGUAAGAAAAACAUACUAAAUAUGUCAACUCUUUGUUGGGUAUGCACAUAAAUGAAUCCACUGUACAUUAACGUUAUGUUAUUUUGCCCCGUUUGUUCUGUUUCUGUAUGUAAUAAAUGAUCUGAUUCUUUUUCA